AUGAGUAGCAGUAAAAACAUCAGCAAAGUUGCCGAAAAAAGUAUCGCGGCGUCACCUAUGGACGGUAUGAAAGACCUCGGGCCACCUUCGUUAACGACCCGCAAAUCCAUGGAGGCAGAAGAGUCCAACUAUUCAUAUCCGCCGUUACGAAAACGUGCCUUUUCCAAAGAAUUUCACUUCUUCUACGGCACCUUGAUGGAUCCCCAAACUUUAGCCAAGGUUUUGAAACUCAACAACUUACCUCGCCUCAUUCCAGCCAAGAUUAGUGGAUAUCACUGCAAGCUCUGGGGCGAAUGUCCAGCUCUUGUAGGCGGCGAGCCAGAUGAGCCAGCCUACGAGACAGAUCGUUACGUGCAGAUAGGUUGUAUUGUCGAGUUUGAGGAUGGGACGGAGGUUGUUGGAAACACGUUUAAAUGGCGUGGGGACAAGACGGAGUUGAAGGAGGGGCUGUUCAAUCUUAAGGAUUGGAAAAUAAAUAUGCUGGAACGGGAGAUGGAUAGUGCGAGGCAUCACUGGUCGCAAGAUCUAUAA